AUGUUUCGCAUAUCUGGUAGGCCAUUUAUCUGCCAGGCAUGUAGUAAACUACCCCAGUCCCCACCAGGGCGACCGAGAGCCCCAAAGCUGCCAUAUCUGGUGACAGGCUCAGGGAAAUGGGUUGCAACGCAAUCUGCCAAACAAAGCGGGCAGCUUCUUGGACAGGAAAACAUACCAUCUACUUUCAUCCCCGGUCAAGAAGCUAUUGCCAAAUUGCCUGUUCGUGAGAGGCUGCAUUACUGGACACAGGAGAAUGACAGGCAAAAGACGCCAAAGAUGUUCUCAGAUUCCAACUUGUAUGCUACUAUGACCAAUUCCUUAACUCGCACUCAAACCUCGAAAGCUACAAAUCUGGCGAAUUUGAAAGCCGGCCCAACUGGGUCACAAACUGGCUCGGCCAUGGAAUUCAACCUUGAGCGUGAUGAGCACUCGAUUGUGGGGACUGAUAUAGCUAAACCAGGAGACAUGGUUGAGCUUGGAAGUUCUGGCUCUCGCAUGCCACAUUUGGCAAUCUAUCUCGGCUACUAUGGAGAUAGAAACCACUUCUACGCCUCUAAUGGUACCUGGAAUAUGUCCAGGGGCUUCUCCUCGCCCUUUCUCGUUUCCAAUUUUGCCAAGCCCCAUGAGCUGGAACCCAUUUUAUCCAAGCUAUCCGCAGACGCAACUCUUGAAGACUUUGAAAAGAUGAAGGAGGAGGAAAGCGGGCCAUCGCGAGAGGAUGCCAAGGUCUUGAUUGACAGGAUGGACGCUUUUCGGGCCGAGACCGAGAGUGUUUACCAGCGAAACUUGGCUAAUCUUGACGCUGCGCACAGAUUGCUGUCUUACCGACACCGAUUUCGAUACAUGAGCCUGUUUCAAAUGGCCGAUGUGCUGUUGCCCAAUUCUAUGCGAGUAGAGGGAGAGGUUUCGCCGGCAGCGCUGUAUGCCAUACAUUUGGCCUUGACGCGCGUUGAGUUUGGUUUCCGGCCUAUCAGCUCCUCUCGUGCGCUUCACAGGCGAGACCAGCUGUACGAAAUCUUCCCGCAAGAUCAGACUGAGCUUGUGGAAAAGGUAAAUCUGCUGGCACGGCAUUAUAUCGUUGCCAUGGCCAGGAGCAGGAUUCCAGGCAAUGACGAGUUGGCAAAUGCGUGGUUAGGCAAGUUCAUCAAGCAGGCCCGCACUGCUGUGAAGAAUAGCCGCAAGAUUCGUGAAUUCACCCCAUACGGAAUCCUCAAGCCAUCCAAUGGCGGCACAAUUCCCAAACCCGAGUGGCUGCCCAUCAGCAAAGAUGUCAUACAAUUCCUUGAGUUAUGGGCUAGCUAUGGACUCUUCGAAGCAAGUGCGCGACUGCACUCAAAUGGCGCCAUGAUUUUGAGGGCAAUUGGAAUGUAUGACGACAUGCCUCUCAACCAAACAACGGCGUGGACAUUUCUGCAAGAGAUUGGGCAUAUCAUGCCGUGGGAAGUCCCGUCUCGCUACAAAGUUCGAUUUCCCGAUACCGAGAUCGUGCCGGGUGCAGGGUUGAAGCGUCAGGAGCCGAGCAUUGAGGUGUCUAGAAGAACCGAUAUUGCCGCCGACGCCCGUCAGGAUGUUUGCUCUCCAGUUUUUUGCAUCGACGCUGCGAGCACAAGGGUCAUUGACGAUGGCAUAUCGGUGGAAAGGACUGAGAAGAAGGACGAGUUCUGGAUUCACGUACACGCAGCAGACCCGGCGUCUGGUAUCGAGCCAAAUUCUGAACUCUGCAAGUACAUGGAACUUAUUCCGGAUAACAUUUACCUUGCCGGCCACUUUCAAGCCAUGUUACCGGCCGAGCUCGGUGGCAAUGACGGUGACUACGCGUCAAAAAGCCUCAUCGAGCAGUAUUCUUUGCAGAAAGACUGUCCGGCGCUUACCUUUAGCGCCAAGGUGAAUCGUCGUGGCGAUGUGCUUGACUACAAGAUUAAGCCAAGCACGCUGCGCAAUGUGAUCUACAUGGGGCCCGAAGAUGUAUCGCGAUUCUGUCUGGAGCCACAGCCGAAACUUGCGCGUGGUACAGAGCUCGCAGUAGGACAAAAGCGAGGAGAAUCCGGUUAUGAACCCGAACGAAAAAUGGUACUUGCGAAAGAUCUGGAUCAAGCGCAACAGGAGGACGUGCUAUUACUUUACGAGCUCACCAAGGCAAUCAAGGAUAAACGACUUGAAAAGGGAGCAUGGCCGUACUUUUUCCCGCGACCUGCCGUUACUGUGCAGUUUGACGUAACUCAGCCGACUGCCGGCGCCGACGAAAUCGCCAUUCCAGCUGAUCCCUAUAUCCACGUCGGUAUGGAGUCGAGUAACGGAUCGGCUCUGGUGAGCAAUUCCAUGGUGCUCGCUGGCGAAAUCGCGGCACGGUGGUGCGCAGAGCGCCAGAUUAGCGUGCCAUAUCGCCGAGACGCCAACAUGGGCGUGCGAGAGCAGGAGGCGCUGGCAUACGCGCGGGGCGAGCUUUAUCCGCUCAUCGCCAAGGGCAUCGAGCCGACCAUGUCGCAACGAGCGGAGCUGAGCCGGCUGACGGGCGGGAUCGAGCUCGCGGCGCAGCCGGGACCGUACUUUUUGCUAGGUCUGGACAUGUACGCCAAGGCGACGUCGCCGCUGCGACGGUUCGGCGAUCUGAUAGUGCACUGGCAGGUGCACGCGGCGCUGGCGCACGAGCGGGCGAAAGGCGGGCAGCUGGACCCCGCGCGCGACAGCGACGACGUGGACGCGAAGAUGGCGUUUUCGCAGGCGCAGCUCGCCGAAGCGCUACCGCUGCUGCAGCUGCGCGAGAAGCUGGGCCGUGCCGUCAGUCGCGGCGCGUCAGACUGGAUACUCAUGGCGGUGGCGCGCGCGUGGCAGCACGACGGCAAUCUGCCGGAGAAAAUCGUCUUCACAGUGGACAUGCAGCUGCGCGAGGGCCUCCUCGGCCACCUGGACCUGUUUGGUCUCGACGCCAUCAUGGACGCCGACGGAUUGGACGGCCGCGCGCUUAUCAAGGACGUCAAGGUUGCGGAUCGCUUCGAGGUGGCGCUCGCCGACGUUAAUGUGCAUGCAGGCCAGAUCCUGGUCAAGGCGCUGGGGCGCAUCGAGUCGGCGGGUAAGCAAGACGGCGGCGCGACGGCGCAGUAA